CCUCAAGCUAGGCUGAGCUGUGCCUACGUCGGCCUCGACUCCCGGGGGCUGGAGGAGUUACCUUUGGAGCCCGAAAGGAGGAAGGAAGCAAAAUAUCAACAACAGCCGAGGCAGCUCGGGCGCUCGGCCCCGGUCCCCUGCUUGACCGCCGCCCGCCUGCCUACCCCCGUGCCCACGAAGGGGGCCCAGGCCCCCCGGCGCCGCCCAGGGCCCGCGCGGACGCCAGCCUCAUUUAUUAUUCCCCCCGCCCGGAUCUUCGGCUUCCCGGUGUUGAAGAUCUCCCGGACUAGGGGCGAGGGCUACCCCCUCCCAGCCGUGACACCCCCCCCUUCUCCCAGCGGGGCCGGAGGCUGUACAGAAGGUGUCCUGCAGACCAUGAACUGAGCGCUGGUCCAAGACCGUUCAUGAGCACAGUGUAAGGCGUGCCGAGACCCACCACCCAGCGAUCCCCUCCCCUCCCUGGCACUGAGGAUCCCCGGAGAAGAUGGGGAGGAAAAAGAUUCAGAUCCAGCGAAUCACUGAUGAGCGGAACCGACAGGUGACAUUCACUAAGCGGAAGUUCGGGCUGAUGAAGAAGGCCUAUGAGCUGAGCGUGCUAUGCGACUGCGAGAUCGCGCUCAUCAUCUUCAACCACUCCAACAAGCUGUUCCAGUACGCCAGCACCGACAUGGACAAGGUGCUGCUCAAGUAUACAGAGUACAACGAGCCGCACGAGAGCCGCACCAACGCCGACAUCAUCGAGACCCUGAGGAAGAAGGGCUUCAACGGCUGCGACAGCCCAGAGCCCGACGGGGAGGACUCGCUGGAACAGAGCCCCCUGCUGGAGGACAAGUACCGGCGCGCCAGCGAGGAGCUCGACGGGCUCUUCCGGCGCUAUGGGUCAGCUGUCCCGGCCCCCAACUUUGCCAUGCCCGUCACGGUGCCCGUGUCCAAUCAGAGCUCACUGCAGUUCAGCAAUCCCAGCGGCUCCCUGGUCACCCCUUCCCUGGUGACGUCAUCCCUCACGGACCCACGGCUCCUGUCUCCCCAGCAGCCAGCACUACAGAGGAACAGUGUAUCUCCCGGCCUGCCCCAGCGGCCAGCCAGUGCGGGGGCCAUGCUGGGAGGGGACCUCACCAGUGCUAACGGAGCCUGCCCCAGCCCUGUUGGGAAUGGCUACGUUAGUGCUCGGGCUUCCCCUGGCCUCCUCCCUGUGGCUAAUGGCAACAGCCUAAACAAGGUCAUCCCUGCCAAGUCUCCGCCCCCACCCACCCACAGCGCCCAGCUUGGAGCCCCAAGCCGCAAGCCUGACCUGAGGGUCAUCACUUCCCAGGGAGGGAAGGGGUUGAUGCAUCACUUGACUGAGGACCAUUUAGAUCUGAACAACGCCCAGCGCCUUGGGGUCUCCCAGUCUACCCACUCGCUCACCACCCCAGUGGUUUCCGUGGCAACACCAAGUUUACUCAGCCAGGGCCUCCCCUUCUCUUCCAUGCCCACCGCCUACAACACAGAUUACCAGUUGACCAGUGCAGAGCUCUCCUCCUUACCAGCCUUCAGUUCGCCCGGGGGGCUGUCGCUAGGCAAUGUCACCGCCUGGCAACAGCCGCAACAGCCCCAGCAGCCACCACAGCCGCAGCCUCCGCAGCCCCAGCCGCAGCCGCAGCCCCAGCCGCCCCAGCAGCCACAGCAGCCACCUCAGCAGCAGCCCCACCUGGUCCCCGUGUCUCUCAGCAACCUAAUCCCGGGCAGCCCCCUGCCCCAUGUGGGUGCUGCUCUCACGGUCACCACCCACCCCCACAUCAGCAUCAAGUCGGAACCAGUGUCCCCAAGCCGUGAGCGCAGCCCUGCGCCUCCCCCUCCAGCUGUGUUCCCAGCCACCCGCCCUGAGCCUGGUGAUGGUCUCAGCAGCCCGGCUGGGGGCUCCUAUGAGACGGGGGACCGGGAUGAUGGACGGGGGGACUUCGGGCCCACACUGGGCCUGCUGCGCCCAGCCCCAGAGCCUGAGGCUGAGGGCUCAGCUGUGAAGAGGAUGCGGCUCGAUACCUGGACAUUAAAGUGACGAUUCCCACUCCCCUCCUCUCAGCCUCCCUGAUGAAGAGUUGACAAUCUCACCGCCCACCCCUCCCUGUCCUGGGCUCCUCCCGCUCGACCCCCACUUCCUUUCUUGUGCUCCGUGUCCUGUUGACGGUUACAUUUGUGUAUAAUUAUUAUUAUUAUAUUAUUAUUAUUAUAUUUUUUUUAAUUUGGAUUCUCGCUUUGGAGAGGGGGAUACUCCCCUCUCCUCUUUCUGCACCCCUUGCCAUUGUCACUGGCUGGGGGGCUGUUUUUUGCGGGAAGGGAGGGACACUUUGCACGUUGUACACAUAUGCUGCAGGAGGGGGUGGGGGGCCCAAUGGGCCUUUGGGAAAGGACAGGUGCCGAGCCCUGCAUGCGGAGCCCUCCCACCCCAUCCCCCUGAUAGAGAGAAAUAACCAAAAAAACUACCAAACAACAAAAACCCCUUACAAUAGACUGAAACCCCAAAGUCGGCUUGGCGGGUGGGUUUGUGUUUCAGGGGGAAAGUGAGGCAGAGGUUCUGGAAAGGGUCUCUGCUUCUGGGCUGUUCCUGUGGCCACAGGCACAUGGGGCAGAAUACCCAAGCCUGGCCCCCAAAUGCCCCUGCAUACACACAACACACUCUCAGUGAUUCUCAUGUAAGCUGCACCCCAAGGUGUCGGGGUGCUGGCUGAGCUUUUGGGCUGGGAAUGCUGGCUGGGAGUCUGAGACUGGGGGUAGGGGUUUGAGGUGGGGGCCUCUCUGAAGCACGUUUGGAGAGAAAGACAGCCAUGAGGAGAGGGCUGAGCAGGGGCAAAGGACUGGGGAAAGGGGUGAACUGGGACCCCUCCCUCCCCCAGCAUUUUCUCUAAGAUAUACAGUGCAAUAUCUCCCCUUCCCUCAGUUGACACCAGCCGUGUAAAGCUGGCCACAAAGUGCAGGGAGAACCUGGGAGAGGAACUCCAGUGAGGUGGCUCAGCCCCAGACGGCCUUGGGCACCCUGGGUGCCUGAGGAUGGGAACCCCUGCAUCCAGGGGCAAGUGUGAGUGAGGGGACUUGCUCUUCCUUGCACGUGCACAUCCCCAGAGGAGUGGACGCUGGGAUGGUGUGUGAGGGUAGGAGAGGGGAUGGAGGAGGUCUGCAGAAGGCCUGCCUCCCUUCUCUCCUCCUUGGCCCCUCUCCCCAGCCCUCCUCCCAGCUCCUUCCGCUCCUGACCCCACCUCUCUGCUCUUGGCGCCCUCAUUGUCUCGCUACCUCCUGUCCCACCACCCCCAGGCCGCAUCCCACCUUCCCUCUUGGCUACUGUAAUUGUAAAUAGCAACCUUUGGAAAACGUUAGCAGUGUAACAGUCCAGGAAACUGUUUUUUUGUUGUUGUUGUAUUGAUAUGAAAUGAGAUUCUAUUUUUGUCAAAGUAUAUUGUAAUAAUAAUGACUCAAACGGCCUGUACUGUACAGACGAGAUUCUUCUGCUGUUGUUCUUGCUCCCCUCCCCUCCCCGAGUCCGCCCCUCUCUGCUGCCUCCCCAGUAGGGGCGGCCGAAGCAUGGGGUCCUGAGACCUUGGGCUGGAUCACAGAUCAAACUGGAGGGGGAAGGCCCCCAGCCCAUGAUCUACCACCAACCCCCCGCCCUAAGGGGCCUGGGGUGACAUGGGCAGGCAGACUGGGGUCUGCCCCACUCCUUCACAGAAGCCCAGCUCCUCUGCCCAAGGGGUGCAGCGCUCCCUUGAGGUUUCCUCCUGGUGGGAAAGGAGAGUUAGACAAGGCCUGGUUUUGUGGUAGGUGACUGUCUUUGCCCGCCUCCUUGACCCAGCCAAUUGCAGUAUUUCGACACUUGAUGCAGGGAAGGAACCAGAAGCAGAGGGGUGUGUGUGACCGCACAUGUACCUGAGUGUGUUCACGAGGGCAUCUGGUAUUGGUGUGUCUGAGUGUACUUUUGUAUUUAUGUGUGUGAGAGGUUGCAUAGGUGUAUCUUUGUGUGUCUCUGAGCCCAUCUGGGCGUCUGCGUGAAUCUUUGUGUGAAUUCAGCUCUGAGGGCAUGUGUGUGUGUGUGCACGUGCGUGCGUGCACGUGCAUGCAACUGGGUGUGUGUUUACAGAGGGACAGGUGGCUGUUGCAGCCACACAGCCCUGGCUUCCAGCUCCAUAGCCCUCCUUCCUGAGCCCUGCUCCCUUCUCCCCUGCUCCUUUGCCUGUCCUCACCCUCAGCUCGGAUUUGUUGAUACUGCAGUUAGCGGGGAUCUGGCUCUUGGCCUCUUUGCUUCUCCCUACAGCCCUGCCUGUCCCAGAGCUCCACACACAAUUGUCCAGUCGGUCCUCACACCUUCUCACAAGGUUCCCUUUCCUGGAGUAUGCUCUUCCCCCACCCCAGUCCUGCUGUCAGGGUGAACUCAAGUUCCUCUUCCUCCCUGAAGCUUGGUCCUCGCCUGGGCAGUGAUCCUUCUUUGCUCACAGCUUAACCCCCUGCUGAUUGGGCACACAGCAUGUCCAGUCUUCCUGAACGUUCCUAGAGGGAGUUUCAAGAAUCGAUGAGACUUGAUCAGGGCCUCAAAAGGAGCCAGGGUGCAGUCUUGUGCAUGCAUGCAUCCCAGAGCCUUGCCCAGUGCCUAGCACAGAGUUGGCACUCAAUAAAUGCUGAACGGGUGAAUGGUUGAAUGAUAGGUGCUCAAUAAACAUUGAAUGAUUGGCCUUCUCUUCUUAGGCUACUCCUGCCAUCAGUCUGCCCACCUGUCUAGGCUGGACUUGGCCACCAUUAAACACGGGGUGGGGGUGAGGGCCCCUGCAGUUCACGGUGCAAUAUUCACCAGUUUUGCCCUCUGCCUUGUAGGGGCAAACCUGGCUUUAGAUUACCAUGUGUGGAUGUGUGUCUCUUCUUCUCUAUCCCUGGGACAGGCGGUGGUCUGUGAAUGAAUAUGUGACAUUUCUGCAAUUCAGUAUCCCAAGGUUUCUCUGGGGGGUAGGGGCUCCUGGCCGGCCAGAUGAAUGGGUCCCUGGGAACCCAGACCUCAAGCAGGACUUCGUUUGUUCUUCCUCUCACAAGCCAAAUUUGCCUCCACCCACUCCUUCCUCUGAAGAACUGGGCAUUUGCCAAAGUAAUCACUGGAGUCAUCCAACGCCCCUCCCAUCCACAGGUUUCCCACAGCUUUCAGGGACAGUGGGCAAGAGGACCCCCCCACCCCCCCACGAAUGGAACACACCAUUUCCCCUCCCCGCAGCAGUGCACUCAAUGCAGCGAGACUGACCCCUGACCUUUACCCAGCCCUCCCCACCUUGGACAGGAAGGAAGUAAUGCACCUUCUCUUGCUGAUUAUUUAUUUGUUUGGAGAGACAGAAAUGAUGUAAAAGUGUAUCUAGAAAUAUCUAUAUCUAUAUAUUUUUAACUGACUCUUUGAAAUCCCCUGGGGGGGGGGGUGAAUUUAGGCUUUCAUGGAGAGGAGGAGACAGGGAGCCUGGGAACUCCUCAUCCCCCCUCUGCCACCUCUCUCCACCCCCUAAGCAGUUGUAGAAGGAAUGGGAUUUGUAUGGGGGGAGGGGGCUGGAAUGUUAUACGGAGAAUCUGGAUUCUCUCAGAUGUCUUCCCCAUUCAGGUCCCAGAGGGAGGGGGGAGAGGUAGGGGGGACAGGCCAUGGAGAUGCCCCACCCCCAAACCCGACAAUCACCCACACUCCUGGGGCUCCUCCUGGGUCCUGGGCAGGGCGAGUCCAAGUGUGUGGCUGUUGAUUUGUUUUCAAUAUUUCUUUUCGUGCUGUAUGGUGAUGCUUUCUUAGUAUUCUACACAAUAAGAAAAGACAAAGUCCUCGAGAUUCUUAUGAGUUUUGUUUGAAAACUCUUUCACUAUAUUUGUUGUAAAGAGGUUUACUAUUAAAAGAAAAAGAAUACACGUUUCUGAUA